ACGUCACCGACUUGCCGCCAUUCGGAUCUGUGUCAUCAAACAUGGCGCCGACCGGCCCUUUUUAUUUGGGCAGUUUUGCUGCUUGAAAUCAUUUUUAAACAGGAACGGGGAUUUUACCGAACGUCGCCAGUGUUUUGCUUCAGUCCGCAAUGAAGUGCGGCUAGUACACUUCCGCUGAGGGCGCAUCGAUCAAGUGUAUAACAACGGCGGGAAAGGACUUGGGUGAAUUUGGACACACUACGCACUCGCAGCCCGGACGGAAGCGCGCGAUUGAGGCACGCAUGCAAGGGACUUGCGAGGGUUUGGACAGGGCCCACGUCGUCGUGGAUUUGUAAAUAGGACACGGAAGCAAGGAUGACGACCGCAGCGCUGACUGCGGGUUUGGAGCGGAUUCCGGACCAGCUCGGCUAUCUGGUCAUCAGCGAGGACGGCGUUCUGGCCUCUUCAGGUGAGCUGGAAAAUGAUGAGCACACAGCUGGAGUGAUCAUGCAGAUGGUUCGCACGGCCAGUCGCUUCCGGUUGGCGGGAUCGGCCGAUGUGCCCUUCAAACGCAUGUCAGUGAUCUUGGAGGAUUUUGUUUUCACCGUGACCGUUUCGGGUCAGAAGGUUUUUGUGGUCAAACGGCAGCACAACCAGCAGGACCCCAUCAGCGUGUAGCAUCACCAUGUCGUGUUCCAAUCAUUGAUGCUUGUUUGUCCAUCAAUAAAAUGUAGUAUUUGAUCACAUGACUCCUCAUGCAAAGAAAACCGCCUUUAUUGCAUUUCACAUCAAUGACGAGGCCGCAGGGAUCGUGGCGCCAUUGCUACGAGUCUCGGCCCUCUUCGACCAUUCUGUCACAUGACUCAGUAAAAACAUGCGGAGGAAAACAAACACGAGGAACGCAAAUAGAGAAGAACGGAAGUCUGACAAGUUGCCUCCCGCUGACGCGAUUAUAAUUAAAAAAAAAA